GUCAAUCUUUUUGCAGCAAAAUCGCGCCAUGUUUUUCUCCUUUUAGUCGAACCAACCUGUUGCCGAGUGUGUUUGUGUUUGUGUCGCCGCCGCGAUGGCUUGUAUCACAACCUGUUGUAAACUCUUGCUGUUUGUCGGGAUCGUGGGCCUGGCGGGGCUGCUGGUGAACCAUUGGCUGGCCACCAAGCAGUAUCUUUUCAACAAAGACGACAUUGCCAAAUUGGCCAAACAACACGCGGGGCAAGACCAUGAGCAGGCAUACUCCAAACUGGUGGUGGAGCUCAGGAAGAGGUAUCCUGGCCACAUCCUGCCUGAUGAAGACCUGGAGUGGGUGUUCCUGAAUGCUGGAGGCUGGAUGGGCAGCAUGUGUGUCCUCCACGCCUCACUUACGGAAUACGUGAUCCUGUUUGGUACUGGGAUCGACACAUCGGGACACUCGGGUCGCUACUGGGCAGAGAUUUCAGACACAAUCAUCUCUGGCUCCUUCAGAAAGUGGACAGAGGGAACCACAAAGAGUGAACUUUUCUAUCCUGGUGACACCGUGAUGCACGGUAUGGGCGAGGCUGCGGCCGUCCAGUGGUCUGCUGGGACGUGGAUGGUGGAAUACGGUCGAGGUUUCAUCCCGUCCACUCUGGGUCCGGCUCUGGCAGACACCAUAUUCAGCACCCAGGACUUUAUCACCUUGUACCAAACCUUCAAAGUCUACUGCAAGUCCAUGGUGCUGGAGAUGGGAACCAUGUUGGCCGAGGCCGGCGUGUUCUAAAGGCAAGUGGUGGUGCGACCCAAAGUUUGGACACCUGCACUGGAACAGUGACGUCGGAAGUUGUCGACGUGUUGUUUUGUCUUCGACGUCUGGCAAUGGAGUAAAUUCUUACCGUGUGAUCACUUUCACUGUAGAAUGAACGAUAAUUUAUAUGCUUGACUUCACCAACUGACGGCAAACUAUAUCAACGCAAAACUUUUUUUUCCAAACCACUCCCUCCUACAUGAAUCUCUAACAGCUACUGUUUCUUCCACUACAAGAGCAUUCCUUCCUAAGCUCCCUCCCCAGUUGCACAAGCAGACAAUAAAGCCUUCAGGUGCUAACAAAACAGACUUGUCUUAGAAACUGGUUUUAAAAAAUGAAGCACAAAAAUCCUUUCAACAAUUGUUCAGUGUGACCUUUUUCUGAUUGAGUUGCAUUUGUUUCUGUGAUUCAAGAAACAGGCUGUUGCUGAUCUUCCUGCUUUGAUUAGUUGGACUGUUUAACAAUGUUAGUUAUGUCUUCUGUUACUUUUUCUAAAGAUGUGGUCUGUGCACCUCGCUGAAUCAGAUUUGGAAAACCUUUGCUACAGUUCUCAACCCAGCAUCUCAUCUAUGUUCAAUGAAUUUCGUAUUACAUCUGAUUCUCCUCAUAUCCACAUUUUUAUUUGAAUGUAUUCACCAAUACUAUAACAACUUUUCAGACUGACGUCAGAUUCUGUACGGUUUGUGUGUGUCUGGAAGGAAUAAUGAACGUGGACUUUGAAUGGUCUUGAGCACAUAUGCAAAGUAUGGGAAUAAACAUUUUUGAAAAGUA